GGUUUGCCCUAGUAACAGGCUGACUGUUGCUUAACAACUCGCACCUGUAUAUGUUUAUGUAUAUAUGUGUGUCUGUGCGAUGAGACUUCUUUCAGUACAGCCUUAUCACUUGGGACUUCGGAAGUAACUUGGUUUGUGAGUUCUAGUCAAAUGAAUUAAAUAAAGAGAUUGAGUACUUCCCUGAUCAGAAUAUAAUGGCUGAGAUGGUAGUUUGAUCUUCGAUUGCUGUUGUUGUCAUUAACAGCCUUAGCUGUUACUGGUGUUUUGCAUCCUCAAGAAAUGUCGACAUCCAAACGUAGUACAACAACUUCAGAAAGUGAUUUGCAGGUGUUGAAAACCUUGUUUGAUGUUGUUAAUGCAUCCGAGAUAAACUUACAGGAUUUCAAUGAAGAGGCAAACACAAGAGAAAUCAUAGAAAGUCACACCACUUCCAGACAUUUUUCAUUAGAAGCACAUGCAUUAGAACAGUUUAGCCGUAGAUACAAGAAUUGUAGGAACUUCAGCCAUCUUUCUAAAUAUAUCGACACAAUAUUUUCAUGUCUUGUGAAGAACCGUUUAUGCAGUUGGAAAUGGAAGCAACUUAUUCCUUCAGACAACCUUCUGCGUCUGUUAGUUUCAUUACGUAUUAUAAUGAGGGACAAAACCUACCGAACUCUGUUUUUUGACUUAAAUGGAAUCAAAAGUUCAGCUGAGAUUCUGAAAGAAAAUGUUAAUCGUUAUCUGCAAUAUGGAGAAACUCCUUAUGUUCGAGAAAUCUUAAAAGAAGUUACUAAUAUAUUCCAUAAAUUAUCUACCUGUGCAGAUCAAAGAAAAUGGCUCCUUACAGCUGAUGUAUAUCAGUCUUUGGUUUUGCUGAUUUCGUUUCCUGAUCUUCUCCUGGUCCAUUGUUCCCUGCAUUGCCUGAUAACAUUGACCAAAAGUCCAGAAGCUUGCAAACUUGUUGGACACCUUAAUGUUGUUGAGAUUUUACUAAAGAUUAUCCAAGAAUAUGAUGACACAUCUAAAAAAUUAGCCUCUACUCUCCUACGUACACUUCUGUGUGAUGAUCAACAGAGCAGGGAAUUAGUCAAGAAUUAUGAAGGAAUACCUGUUUUGCUCAGUCAGUUACAUAACAGCAACAUGGAACUACAGUGGCAAGUGAUUUGGUGUUUGGUCAAUCUUAGUGAGGAUGCUAAUGCUAGACAUGAAAUCAAACAAAUGGGAGGAAUACCACUCCUGCUCUCACUUCUGCAGGAGAAGAUUACAGAGACACCAAGUUUAGAAAAUGGCACAUCUGGGAAGGAGGCGGAGAUUCAGGACUUAAAUACAUUUGAAUUGAGCUGUUCACUAAAAUCAGCCUGUUGUGCAGCUUUGACGGAGUUGGUGCUUGAUGAUACCAAUGCGCAUCAAAUAGUAUUGGCCAAUGGAAUCUACAUAUUGGGUCAGCUGAUCUUGCCUCGGCCAAUGAAUGAUAGAAGGAAGGAUUUGGCUAUUGGUAUACUACAGAAAAAUUCCUUUCGAACUCUACGCUUCCUCUUCAGUGUGGAGAGGAACCGACGUCUGUUUAAGCGUUUGUUACCUGCAGAGCUCUACGAGAUGUUUAUUGAUGUUGGUCACUACAAUAAGAAACUGGACAACUAUGAGUUCCUUGGGAAAAAGAUAAACAACCUACCUCCUGAAACCAUUGCAGACAUCAAAACCAACUUACAAGAAACUGACCAGAACAAAAAACCCAACUAUUACAUUGGCGAUUAUGCUGUGUUUGAACUCCUGGGCAGUGGUGGUUUUGGUUCAGUAUAUAAGGUGAAAAAAGCCACUGGUCAGUCGUUUUUGGCCCUGAAAGAAAUAAAUUUACAGAAUCCAGUUUUUGGUAAGAAUGAGACAGAAAGAUCCAAUAGUAUUGGUAAAAUGAUAAGUGAACUGAACAUUAUCAGAGAACAACUUCGACACCAAAAUAUUGUACGGUAUUACAAGACGUUUCAGUUGGGUCAGAAGUUAUACAUUGUCAUGGAACUCAUUGAUGGUGCCCCACUAAAGGAACAUUUUAACUCAUUGAAAGAGAAAAGAUGUCUGUUUGAAGAAUCAAGAAUCUGGAACAUAUUGAUCCAAAUGCUACUUGCAUUACGAUAUUUGCAUAAAGAGAAGGGAAUUGUUCAUCGAGACUUAACCCCCAACAACAUUAUGAUUGGUGAACAGGACCGUGUUACUGUCACUGACUUUGGUCUUGCUAAGCACAACCAAGGGAAACAAAGAGAGAUGACCUCUGUUGUUGGCACAAUCCUUUAUUCAUGCCCUGAAGUUAUCAAAAAUGAUCCUUAUGGUGAGAAGACUGAUAUCUGGGCUCUGGGGUGUAUUGUCUAUGAAAUGUGUACUUUACAACCACCAUUUUUCUCCACAAAUAUGUUGACCCUUGCCAAAAAGAUUGUAGAAGCAGACUACAAACCAGUUCCUGAGAAACUGUACUCAGCACAGUUGUUACAAGUGAUCUCAAGUUGCCUCUCGGUGAAACCCGAAGAUCGACCAGAUGUAUACCAACUGACAGCACUAAUAUCAGACAAAAUGCUCCUUCACAUCGACUGCCUUCAGCUUCGUGAGAACAGCUUGAAGAGAAAACUGGAAAAGGAACGUUCUCGGACGCAGAAAUACUUCUUUGAAGCUGUCAGCAAUAAACAGAAUUACCAGAAGCUAUUUGUUGCCUCUCAAGAACACUUGAACCAUUUCAGUGACCCUUCUUCCAGUUCUCGGGAAGAAAAGGAAGGUGAUUACGAUUAUUCUGUGGAGCUCGACUAUAACGACAAUAAAGGUAACAGCAAAAAGGAACCAUUUUCAUUUGACAACGUCACAGAAACAGAAGAUCAAGAUACUUGGACCAGCGAAGAAGAGCUGUACUUGAGUUACCAUGGCAACUCUUCAGCUCUGAAGAAGCCGACCACUGAUGAUAUCAGUGAGGCAGAGAUGGAUUCUUGUAAUGGAAUUGAUGCUGUCAGCUUCAGUUCUUCGUCGUCUGCAUCUGUAGACGCAGCUCAAACACCAGAUAGUAUUACGGUGGUGUGCGUUACAGAGGACAAUACUAGAAGAAGCUGUGAUGACGACAACGUUGGCAAUACUCCCCACCACCCCUCUACCCUGGCCCCCAUUGUACAGAGGGGUCCUGAGAAACACCAACAGACCGAUAAACCAGCCCAGCUUUCAUUGGUUAUUCCAAACACAGACACCACCACAGGUUAUUGUUCCCCAAAUGGAUUAGUUCCAACUUCCUGUUCAUCUGCAGAGAAUGGACAUUUCGGUGUUUUGAAACUUGAUGAUUCCAGGAAUAACCAAAAUUAUUCUCGUUCCUCCCCAAACAAUCUUCGAGUACAACGUCCUUCUAACAGUUACUCAGUUUCAACCUCAACUGCAACCGUCACAAUUUCUCCAUCUCGGGUUCGGCAGAUCAGUGAUCCAAUACUGCAGAUGUUACAUCCAUUGCACAAGAUUAUCUACAUCACACAGCUUCCACCACCUCUACAACCAAAUGGAAGGCGUCGGAUCAUUGAACAGUUUAAAAGAGCUCUCUUUUCUCCACAAAGUACAUCUGAUAGUCUGAAGAAGGAGCUUAAUAAGCUACUGACUGGUUCCCAAGAGGUUAUUGAUCUGGCGUAUGGACUCGGUGACAGUGGCUUCCAAAGACCCAGCUGUUUAACACUUUUAGAACCAGCUAACAUGGAUGAUAAUGAUCCAAACAACAUGUCAGGUAAUUCUGACCUACUG